CGUCGUCUAUCACAUCCAUCACACAUCGCUCCUCAUCGUCUCCCUCGUUCAAUGAUGGGUUCUCGCAACCACUCAAACUAUGGCAGCCCUGACAUGAACGUGAACUCGCAAUAUGGUCCUCAACCGGGGCAACCUCAACAGCCUGCCUUCCAUCCAAGGUAUAUGACGAUGUUGGCCGCUGAGAUGAAGAUGUAUACAGGAGAAGUCAUGCGAUUUCAGGACGAAAUACGGAGGUUGAAAUUCGAAAUCGACGAACUCAAAGCAUGGAAAGAACGUGAAAUCGUCGGUCUACCAACCGCUUGGCUACCUCCAUCGCUUCAGCCUGCUCUUCCUGCUCCACCGGAAGUAGAUGCAGCAGAACAACCACCGGAAGAUUACGAACCUACCAGACCAGCUUGGAGGACAGUGCAUAAGAAGCCUGCGAGGAAACCGAAGCAAAAAGCGAUUGGUGCCGCUUCUCCACCACCAUCGACUAGUCCAGCACCAGCAGCCAGUCCUCCUCCUCUCGCUAUGCCAGGAGGCUUUGAAACGUCUGGAUGGGCGCAAUGGAGACGUGAGCCUUGUGGUGUGUGUCAUUGGUAUACGCUAACGGAUCCUAGCUCAUCCUGCGUACUCGCCUGCUCCAAUGAGCACAACACCUACAUCGCCGUUUUAUGGUGGAAGAAGCGGACCGAAACCAGGCUUGUUUGGUCCCGAAGACGAAUGAGAUCAUUUAUCCUCCAUUCCUCGCAUAUCUCCUCUCGAUCCACCAUUUUGCAUAUCCUAUUGCUUUGCAUGUACACCUUCCUGGAGCCGUCUCCUUACAUCCCUCAUGUAUCCCGUUACACAUCUGCAUAUUCCGAAUUCACGCCACCCUCUUGGCUUAUCUGACAUACUCUCUUGUUUAUCUGCUCAAUCUACAAACUGUACUCUUACCCCUUAUUCUAAUUCAAUUCUUGACUGUCACUCC